UUGGCAACUCGGUACCACUAUCCACCCUGACCAUCACCGCGAGUAGUCCAAAUCAGUACGAGGGGCCAUUAAUAUGUGCAGGGUGCAAUGACAGGCAUCGCUUGCGGCGAUCAGGUUGGCGUCCUCGAGAGAGAAGCCAAGUGUCCGGGCAUCAACCUUGCUUGGCUGGCGCUCCAGCGACUUCAGUGUACCAUGCAUGCGCCAAGCCCUUCGCUCUCGAUGUGGCUCUUGCUCACCUGAUCAUCAGAUUCUCUUCCUGAGUCUCCUAGCGUUCCUUCUUGCCUUCUGUAGCCAACGCGCAGCUGUUUUAAUUAUUCGUAAUAGGCACUCCGUUCUCAUGGUGUGUUCUUCGGGUUUUAAGAGGAGUGAAGGCGAGACACAGCUUACCCCGAUACAGGAAGCACGACCCACUACCACCCCUGCCAUUCUAUAUUCCUCGUGGAGCCCGAUUUGUUCCAUGCACCCCUGGUUAGCGGCAUUUCCUCUCAGAGCUUCAGGUAUUGGCACGGUUCACUGUAUUAUUGCGGCGCAAAUUUGGGUAUCGUGAGUCCCAUUCCUCCACUUACAUGACCUUCCAAUCCCGCAGCAGUAGCAUUACUUCAACCAUAAAACAGUGGCUCACAGGUAUUGUCCCCGACGAAAGCGUGG